AACCAAUCCUCCCCUUCGGUUAAAGAAGGGAGGAAACUGGACACUAUGGCCAAAAAAUUUUACUCCUCAGCAUGCUUGUUUGCACGCAUGGCUCACUAUGGAGUCUAUAUGAGUGUCUAUCAGACUCAUCUCUGGAAUAAACUGACUCCUUACUUAGAUCUCCUUCCUACGACGGAUCAGCCCUUAAUUAAGGCCUUCCACCAGGAAGCACUACUACUGUCUAAAUUACAAAAAGACCUUGCAAAAAAUACUUCUGACACUUCUGCUAAACUCAUUGCUGGCUCAGUGGCCUUGCAUCGCCAUGCCUGGUUACGUGCUGCUAUCCUUUCUCCAUCACAGCGCACACUAAUUGAAAACCUCCCAAUGGAUGAGGCAGGCCUCUUCAAUCCAGAUACAGAUUCCCAACUAAAACACUCUCAUGAGAUGAAACAGACAGUAAACAAAUAUGGCCAACAAUCAUAUCCCUACCAACAAAAACACAGAUGGGGUCCUUACUACCAACGACCCCAGUUCUAUCACAGACCCUACUACUCCUCCUUCUAUAGGGGAAGAAGACCGUACUCAUCGACUCUACCUACAAGAAGACCUCCUCUACCUGCCAGGGGACCUGGGCCUGAUUGUGAACCAAGAAAAAUCUCACCUUCUCCCGUCUCAACGAAUACAGUUUAUAGGAGCUGUCCUCGACUCUACGCUCCGAAAGGCCUACCUCCCAGAAGACCGCCUAAACAACCUUCGACAAGCCAUUCUGGACCUCCAGAAUCGCAAGUGCGCCUCCGCAUGGGCCAUCCAGUCCAUCCUUGGCCAUAUGUCAUCUACCACCACUGUUACUCCCUUCGCCCGUCUACGGCUACGACCCCUCCAAAAUUGGUUCCUCAGAGUGUUCCGUCCACACAAGGACUCCCAAAACACUAUCCUCCACCCCCCCCAGCUUGUCCUCGACUCCCUAUCAUGGUGGACAAAGCGAUACAAUGUGAACCGGGGAAUGCCCUUCCACCCACCCAGGCCGUCCAUGGCCCUCACGACCGAUGCCUCCACAUCGGGAUGGGGGGCACACAUAAACGACCUCCAGAUCAGCGGCCGCUGGUCGAAACCAGAGCGUCAGCUACACAUCAACGCCCUAGAACUCAUUGCAGUGGAAAAAGCACUGAGAGCCUUCAAACCAAUUGUAUACAAUCACACAAUCCAGGUAGUGACGGACAACACCACCAUCAAAUACUACCUCAACAAACAGGGCGGAACACACUCCCAGACCCUGCUCUCCAUAGCGACCCGCAUCUGGGAAUGGUGCAUAGAGGAAAGAGUUUUCCUGAUCGCCAUUCACCUUCCGGGUCAAGACAACACUCUGGCCGACUCACUGAGCAGGUCCACACAGACCAACCACGAGUGGCAGCUUCACCCAUCCAAGUUCAAAGUCAUUUCCAAUCUCUGGGGCAUGCCCCAGAUAGAUCUCUUUGCAUCACCGACAAACACUCACUGUCCCCUGUUUUGCGCACGACUCCCCCCUCGCGCAUUCCCAGGUUGCCUCGGAGAUGCAUUCCUCUUCCAAUGGAACCCCGGCCUAUUAUACCUCUUUCCCCCCCUCCCGCUCCUAUCCUCGGUUAUAGCCAAAAUAAUUACAGACAAUACAAAUUGCAUUCUGAUAGCACCAUGGUGGCCCCGCCAACCAUGGUUCACUCCACUCCUCCAACUCUCUCAAGGCCAAUUUCUCCGGCUCCACCUAUCCCCAGAUCUUCUCACGGUCGAAAACGGCCUAAUACAACACCCGGACCCACACUCCCUUCACCUAACCGCGUGGAGGAUCAAACCACGCUGACGCUUUCUGACAGUGUGUCCCGCAUAAUCCUAGCAGCUCAAAAGCCGUCCACACAUAAAGCAUAUGCUUACAAAUGGACCACCUUUAAAUCAUUUGCUGAAAGUACAGGCCGAGCCCCCUCUGUGGCCUCCAUCCCAUUGAUAUUAGAUUUCCUUUCUCACCUAGCCUCUAAAGGCUUCUCCUUUUCUUCAGUUAAAUGUUACACAUCUGCCCUGUCUUCCCUUAGACGGAAGAAAGACUUGCCGUCCCUUUUUCAGGAUAACCUUGUUCAAUUGUUCCUCAAAGGCUACAAAAACCUAUACCCUCCAGUUUCCCCCCCUGCCCCUUCAUGGAGCUUAGAACUAGUUUUAUCCCAGUUAUCUAAACCACCCUUUGAACCUAUGUCUUCCGCUCUAAUAUCCCAUUUGUCAUGGAAGACUGCUUUCCUAGUGGCUGUUACAUCAGCAAGGAGGGCAAGUGAGCUCUCUGCCCUCCGAGCUGACCCUCCUUAUGUUCGUUUUCAUGAGGACAAAGUA